AUGCCUCUUACUAGAGCUGCGAGUGCAGGUUUGGCAGGUAGACCGAUAUUAGGGCAAAAUGGGGUGGUAACCACUUCCGAAUCUACAGCCGUAAGCAGUGUUGUUACCGCGGUUCACAGCGCACCUUCUAACGCACAACAGGUUACAACUGCCGCGCAUAGUGGUCCCAUUGCUUCUCAUAUCGCACAUUUAGCACAUGGGGACGUCCCAGCUCAAGGUGUUUCAUCAUCAAUGUCCAAUUCAUCGGCACCGCCACCAGUUCCAUUAAGCAUGCAAGAGGCCGCUAACUCGUUUAACACGUCUUUUUGGUCACAUGGAAGCGUUGCCUCGCCAAACUAUAGUGUUUUGACCGGGUUGCAGAAUAGACCAGUUGUCCCGCCAGCAGAUCCAGCAGUCAGCGCAGGAGUCAGGGAAAUUAUUAAUUCUGCCAUCGCCCUGUCCCAAUUGCAGUACCGUCAACAGGAAGAAGAAAGAUUGAGAGCUCUGAUACCUCGAAUUGCUGAAGCGGCCAAGCGUUCGUUGUUGGGAGACAAUGACGGCACUAAUCAAGUAUUUUCACAAGCCGGCUUGGCGAUGCCAGCAGCGGCACCACAUGCACCAGCGCGCACAUCCCGGGAGUCAGUCAUUCUGUCUUCACAUGCAUUGGCGUCAGGCUUAACGUCUCAGCAGCCUAAUUUAGCAAGGGGUUACACACUACCAUAUCCGGAGCGAGUAAAUCCACCACCGAUUCACGAUCCUAGACCGUUGUCACUUGGUCCUUUUAACCAACCGCCACCAGGGUUCACAUCAAGUGGUGCACCAGCACAACCACCAACCAGCUUAUCGGUACCACCAGUCGCCGGAGUCCAAACUCACACAAUACUGCCGGCCGAGAGGUUGCCUAAUAUCUACAGCAGAGGCAUGCGGACAGAGCCACACGAGACACAUACCAGUCCACAUCCCAGCAAUAUCAUCUCAGAAAUCUCGGGGCGUUUUAAUUUGGCGAAAUGGGGAGUAUCUUUUGAUGGUACCGACAAAACCAUGAGCGUCCAAGAAUUCAUCUUCAGAGUGGGUGAACUUAAAAAAGAUUAUAAUUGCCCUGAUGAAGUAUUGAUCACCAAAUUUCACCAACUUUUGGAAAAACCAGCUCUCGAUUGGUAUUGGAACCACCGGAAAUUGGUCCAGUUUCGCACAUGGAAGGAGUUGGAAAGUGCUUUGUUGGCGCAAUACCAAAGAUUUGAAAAUGAAUUCCAGCUUCAAAUGCAGAUUUUAAAUCGGCGUCAACUACCACAUGAGAAUUUUGAAGAUUUUUAUAAUGAUGUACUGCGGCUACGGACACAGCAAAAGUCGCCAUACAGGGAGCACGAGAUAGUGGAAAUAAUGAGAGGCAACCUUAAGCCGUCUUUAGCCCAAAUGAUCUUCUCGGCUCAGAUAAAUAGCUUGGGUGAUUUUUAUAGGCAGGUGAAGAAAGCCGAAAAUCUGGUAUGGACCCAAAGACAGCAACGCUACAACACACCACAGAAAGUGCAUGAGCUUGAAUGGCAGAUGGAAGAGGAACCUCGAGGCGAUAUUGAAGUUGAUGCCGUGACCAUGACAUCCAAGUAUAAAUGUUGGAACUGCGGUGUUAUGGGUCAUAGCUGGAUGGAGUGCCGGGAGCCUCGAAAGAUUUUCUGCUAUAGGUGUGGCCAAGAAGGUGUUACCGUCCCCGAUUGUCCGAAGUGUCAGGGAAACCGGCACAGGAACCCACCUCAGUCUGGGCAGGCUAGAGAGCGAUAUAAGAGGAGAAGACGCAUUCGUCAGGAAAUAGCCUCGGCUACCCUAUUUGAAGGCGAAGAUAAUCGUUUAUAUACCAAACUGCAUAUCAAUGGUGAAGAAAUAGAGGGAUUGCUAGAUAGCGGAGCCUCCGUUUCCUGUCUGGGGAAAAAUUGCCUUAGCUUUGUGGAGAGAGCAGGAUUGGAAAUUAAGCAUUUCCAUUCUUUUAUUAAAACAGCAGAUGGAAGCCCACAUAAAAUAGUUGGCAGGGUGACGACUAAUGUAAAAUUUAGAAAGCAGGAGCAUCCUAUCAUAUUCUAUCUUGUUCCUUCUCUGAGCCGUGAGUUGUUUCUGGGGGUAGACUUCAUGAAACGUUUCCAAAUGUUUGCUCAGGUGGACGGUUUGUCACUCCAGGAAGUGAGUCUCUGUGGUGAGCCAGAGAUCAGUGAUGUUAACAGCCAUUCUUUGUCCGAGGAGCAACGAGUUCGUUUGCAAAUAGUGAAGGACAAAUUUCCUUGCUUUACCAAGUAUGGCUUGGGAAAGACUAAAGCUGAGGUCCAUUCAAUCGACACCCGCGAUGCAACCCCGGUGAAAGAUAGGCAUUAUCCCGUUUCCCCGGCUGUGCAGAAACUUAUGUAUGCGGAAUUGGAUAGGAUGAUAGAGCUAGGUGUGAUUGAAGAGAGCGAGAGUCCAUGGAGUCAUCCGGUUACUCUAGUCCGAAGGGGCGAAAAGAACCGUUUGUGCCUGGACGCUCGCAAACUCAAUGCACUGACGGUCAAGGACGCCUAUCCAUUGCCGCAUAUAGAAGGUUUACUCAGUCGGCUGGGGGAUACCUAUUUUAUUUCUAGUGUCGACCUGAAGGAUGCGUUCUGGCAAAUUCCACUGGAUCCUUCAAGUAGAGAGAAAACUGCAUUCACAGUGCCGGGACGACCGCUUUACCAAUUUACCGUCAUGCCCUUUGGUCUGUGCAAUGCAGCCCAAAGGUUAUGCCGUUUAAUGGAUAAAGUGAUCCCUGGCGCACUACGUGAUAGAGUUUUCGUCUACUUGGAUGAUCUUUUGGUUGUUUCGCCAGACUUCGACACUCACAUGGGAUUGCUAGAGCAGGUGGCAGGUUGUUUGGCUAAAGCAGGACUCACAAUAAAUGUAACCAAGUCGAAGUUCUGCUUCAAAGAGCUUAGGUACUUGGGUUACAUUGUUGGAGGUGGCAAACUUAAAACUGAUCCGGCAAAGGUGGAAACAAUAGUGAAGUUUACAUACCCGAAAACAGCAAAGCAAGUGAGGAGUUUCAUGGGUACGGCAGGGUGGUAUCGAAGGUUCAUUGCCGACUUUGCCACCAUUGCGGCUCCCAUCUUUGAAACCCUCAAGAAAGGAAAACGAUUCACUUUCACAGAGGAGGCCAAGGUUGCAUUUGACAAACUGAAACAAGCCCUUUGUCGCAUUGUUAAGCCAGUUGGGAAAUGCCUUUACGAAGUAGAAGAUCUUAAAGGACAUCCCAUUGGCAUUUUUCACGCUAAGGAUUUGAAGCAAUAA